AUGACCUUCUGUGUUUGGUGUGCAGGAGCCAAGUGGGUGGGCGGCGGCGGUGCGAGCGCCUUCAGCGCGGCGCAGGCGCAGCCGCCGGCGGAGACGCUGCGCCGGUACCUGCUGGCCGGCGUGGCCUGGCGCUGCCUCGCCCUGCUCAGCCUGCUCGGAGUGGAGGUAGCCGCUCCGCCCCCUUUCAUCCACAACUCUAUCGCCGUGCAAAACUUUUCC